AUGGAAGAAAUCAUCAACAGCAAACGUGUUCAAGGGCUGUCAGACAUUUUGUUCUCGGCAAAGCGUUUCUUGAAACAGGCACGAAUCUUGAGUGUGUUGCAGGUUAAAGCAUUACACACCAUUUUGAGUGAUGAGGGUUUUUGCAAUCUCGAUCGUGCUGCAGCAGGGUAUUUGAUUGUGGCAUUGUACGGCCGCUGCCGACAUUCGGACUUGGAACAUGUGCAUUGUGUCCUACAUGACUACUCUGACGAUGGUGGUUUCGUUGAAAUCCAAACGGCAGUGCACAAGAAUGCAAGGUCGGCUCAGAAAAAAAACCCAGCUUUUACCAAUCGUAAUCCCCGCUAG